AAACAAUUGUGUGGAUCGCGAGAGAAAUGCGACAAUAUUUGGAUAAUUACAAAACAUUUGUAUCGGUUUUAUACUUGUUUUUGGUGUUCAUAAGUGUUGACGGAAACAAUGAUUUGAGUGAUUCUCCAAAUUGGGAUAAAAUCUUCACUUUGAGAAGUGAUGAGGACUGGAGACACAUCUGGCACUCGGAGAAACACAAACGUUGUUAUCAAGACCUCGUCGAUCACAUGGAAUGGGUUUGCGAUAAAGAUAUUUAUAAACUCCGCAAAAAGCGUGAUCUUAUCGAAGUGGAGACGUUCACAAACGGGCCGUUUCUGGUGCCUAAAGAAGCGAAUAAUAUGUNAAGUAAUAAAAGGAUUAGAAAGAGGGGUAUAAUCGACGAGUGCUGUAAUGGUUCGGCCGGCUGUUCGUGGGAAGAGUACGCCGAGUAUUGUCCCGCAAACGGCAGAGUUAGGUCUUAA